AUGAUGCAAGCGGAUAUAGAUUAAUUCUUUUUGUUUCGAUUAAUUAGCAAAGGAACCUAUGCAAAAGUCUAUUUGGCUAAAAAGAAGGAUACUAACAAAUUUUAUGCUAUAAAAAAGUUAAAGAAAAAAUAAAUUGAUUAAAAGAAAUAAGCCUAAUAUGUUAUGAUGGAAAAAACUAUUCUUAAUUAAGAAAAGCAUCAGUUUAUCGUUUACCCCUAAUAUUAAUUUGAAUAGGUAAAUCAUUUUUACUUUGUGUCAGAAUACUGUGUAGGAGGGGAUUUAUUUAGUUUAUUUAAAGCAAAGGGGAAGUUCAAAGAAAAACACAUAUAAUUUUAUGCAAUCCUAAUAAUUCAUGCAUUAUAAUUUCUACAUACUUAAAAAAUAAUUUAUAGGGAUCUAAAACCUAAAAAUAUACUCAUCGAUGAAAAAGGUUAUAUAAAAUUAACAGAUUUUGGUCUUUCCAAAAUAUUGCAAUAAGAAAUGACUGAAUAAGUAUAAGGAACACUUGAAUAUCUGGCUCCUGAGAUUCUUAAUCAAAUUGGAGAUGGCUAUGAUUAUAAAGUAGAUUGUUGGUCCUUGGGAUGUUUAUUAUAUGAAUUAAUUGCCGAGUGUCCACCUUUCAUGUCAGAAUAGAGAGAUAAAUUGAUUAGUUUAAUUAAGACAACACAACCUAAGUUCAACUUUCCAAUAUCUGAUGAACUUAAGGAUUUGAUUAUAAGGUUAUUGCAAAAGGAUCCAAAUUAAAGACCCUCUUUAGUGGAAAUCAAAGAAUUUCCAUUCUUUUAAAAUGUUAAAGAUUGGGAAUCGUAUUUAUCUUACAAGGUUGCUUCUCCCUUUUUACCAAUAAUUCAAUAUGAAGAUAUCUGGCGUUUCGAUCCUGGGUUUACCUAAUCAGAACAAUCUGGAGAUGCAAUUGAUGGAUCAGAUAAGGAUAAUAAGAUUCCAGGCUUUUUUGGUAACAAUUCUUAAUAAUAAUGA